CCUAGCCUUCAGUCUUCAGUUCACUCAGACACCACUCUCGAACCUCCACCCUACAGCCCUCCACUCUCACCUCUCGCACUCAGUGGCCACGCCUGCGGUCUCCACCUCGAGCUUCCGGUGCAACCUCCGUCCAGCCACUGCCGCCGCCGUAACACCUCCGUCGAAGUCAAUCACCGUCGCAAGUUCGUGGAGCCAGCUUGGAGAUUCACGCAACCCUUUCCGUCGUGAAGUCAGCUGUGGAAAUCGCAGCCACCACCACCACCACUCCUUGCCAUCGCGCAAUGUCGUCCUGAGUGACUUGAAACCCUUGCCCCCUCUCGAGCCCCAUUCCUGAUUCCUCAGUCUCAUACAUACUCUCAUUAUUUCUCCCCAAGACACAACCCUAGCCUCCAUCGCGCCGCCGUUGGUCGCACUGUCACUGCCUGGUUCAUCGUGGUCAUUCUUCAAUCCUCCUAUUUUGUUGUGCUCGAAGGCACCCCCAACGCCAAUCCUCCUACUGAUUGAUGAUAAAUUGAUACCAAUAAAUUGUUGCUGAAAAAACCUAGCUGAAUCUGAAGCCCCACCACACCCCCAGCUCGCUCUCACACUCUCGUCUCUAACGGCACACCUCACAGACAGGCAGAGCUGGGAGCUCGCCUCGGUUCACCGACACUGCAUGCUCGCCGACGUCGCUGCGCCUCUUGCCGGAUCCUCCGCGUCGUAUGCUCCUCUCUCCUCCGUCUGAGCUCGGCUGCUCGCGCGUCUCUCGCCUCCGCGUCUGCUCGAGCUGUGCUUCCUGCUCGUAUCGCCGCCGCGCCAACCUCGCCUCUCUCCCUCCUCACGUCUCUGCUCGACUUUGCUUCCUGCUCGCGUCUCACCGCGCCUCCCUCCGCCUCUCCUCCGUCUCUGUGGGCAGUUGUUGCUGCUCGUCCCUCGUCGUCCGUGCCUCCGUGGUUGUUGCUGCCUGCACGCUGCCGUGUGUCGUCCACCUUCUGGAAUUGAUUUUGCCUCUGCAACAACAGUUACAGGAAAGCAAACAAGCAUCAAGAAGAAGGAUAUAGUGACACAUGUAGCUCAAUCCUGGAUUUUAAGGAGAUAAAAAAAAAAGAGUCAAGUUUGAUGAAUAUGUUGAAGCAAGCAGUCGGAAGAAUUUGGAAAAGCAGCAGUGGUUAUGCUUUAGAAGGAGGAACAAAAAUUUUGGCUUGGAGUUAUGUUCCUUCGAUCUAUUUCCACAAUACACAAGCUCAUACAGCACCUAGAAGCUUUUUCGGUGUUGAGGAUUUCCUUGAUGAUGACAACAGCAAACCUUACACUUACCAGAAAGGGAAGAAAUCAAAGAAUCCACAUAAACAUGUAUCGUUCAAACAAAGAACUGUUGCAUACAUGGAGCCUUUUACCCUUGAUGUGUUCAUCUCAAAGCGUUUUGUGUCGGCUUCGCUCACCCAUAGAGUGACAAGCAAACAGGUUGCAGUUUCUGGCACCAACUCCAAGGACAUAAAAGCUGUUCUUAAAUCUCGUUCAGACAUACCAGCUUGCAUAGCAAUUGGAAGGAUUUUGGCCGAAAGAGCAAGAGAAGCUGAUGUUUACACUGCCUCUUAUACUCCAAGGGAUAGGGAUAAAUUUGAAGGGAAAAUCAGAGCUGUAGUUCAAUCACUUAUUGAUAAUGGGAUUGAUGUCAAGGUUUAUCUUGAUUGAGUUAUUAACAUCUAUUUGAGCAACACUUGCCUACUAAAUUAUUGAGAUUUUAGUUAGGGAUGUAGGCUUGGUUUAGUAAAGUUUUUUGAAAAAAUAUAAAUAUAUAUAUUUUUUUGUUGUGUUUGGAAAAUAAAAAAGAUCAAGCAUCUCU